ACGAAGUAGGAUACGUGGUCUUGACGCGUUGCUAUGGCAACCAGCGAUAAACACUGCCAAACACUGUCAGUUAGUACGGAGAAAAAGCAAAUAGUUGACCUCGAGGAGUAUGCCCGAGUGAUGUACGAUGAGACAGUGGUGGUGAAUGGUAGAGAAAUCGAAAGUCCUAGCUCUGAAGAGGAAGUGGAGGCAGCAAUGUCCAAGUUCAAUCCCCCGGUGAGGCACACGGCGCGCCAUGACUUCGACUCGGACAGCGAAACUGAAUCCGAGCCGGAAAAAUUUUUGGAUAACGUGUCGGAGGAUGAACGGUCUCCAGGAAGGAAGAUUCCUUCGCCCUCUGAGAAGUCCGUUGAAGCUCCGAAGGUGAAACCCAGAGAAACAAAAAACGCAAGAGCUCCGUUGAAAAAACCGGAAUCUUCAAAUUCGGAAUCAGAUAGUGCUGAUUUGGAAGCUGAGAAGCCAGAGCCGGUUGCUGGAAGUGGAAGGAAGCGCGGCGGAGCUGGCGUUGUCAUUCCAGCCGAGGGCGCUUAUGACCCUAAGCAGUUCCAGGAUUUGAAGGUGCCACCAGAGAUUGAAAACAUAUUCCAGUACAUCAUGAAAUACACCCCACAGAAAAUAGACAUAGAGUUCAAAUUGCAACCGUUCGUCCCGGAGUACGUGCCGGCAGUAGGCGAUAUCGAUGCAUUCCUCAAGGUAUCCACGCCCGCGGCCAACGUGCGCGCCGCGCCGCUCGCCGAACAUGUUCUCGAGCAUAUAGACAACCUAGGUUUAACAGUAUUGGACGAACCUGCCUCGGAGCAGAGCGAAUCUGCCCUCCUACAUUUGCAACUACGAGCCAUAUCGAAGAUCAGCAGCGCCAAGUCCAAUGUGGUAACGAAGAAAAUCGAGAAUGCGGAGAAGAAUACGAAGGCAAUAGAUCGGUGGAUCAAGGAUGUGAGCGAGCUACAUCUCUCAAAACCGGCGCCCACCGUUACGUACACCGCUAAAACACCAGAUAUCGAUACACUAAUGGAGGAAUGGCCAGAAUCCAUGGAGGACACCCUGAACGAAGUCGGUUUCCCGGCAGCGAACCUCGACUGCUCGUUAUCACAGUAUGUGGACCUGGUGUGCGGUAUAUUCGAUAUACCAAUAGUAGGUGAUACGUUGAAUGCUAGGAUACAAGCCCUACAUCUGUUAUUCAGUUUGUACUCGGCUGUGAAGAAUUCACAGUUGUACGCGGAGAGACAGAAGGAGAAGGAAGAUAAUGUAGCUGGAUAAGGGGGAAAGUGGAUUGUUAGUAAUGACCCCAUUGCUAGCAAUGUGCCAUGUCAGGUUGACCUCCACGCGGUUCUCCCUGGAAACCAUCAUGACAAAUUCAUAGAGAAUUUGUUGUGAUAAACUGACUGACUUGACUUCAUGCUCGUGUUAUCAUCAUCCUACACUGCUGCCUCGUAAAUUGUUAACGUACCUAGGUUGGGGUAUAUUUCCAUUAUCAUCCAUAAAAAUGUGGUUGGAUAUAUAAUAAGGUUGGAUAAUAAUAAGGACAGUUUCAAGUCAGAGUGAAUAAAUUCAUAUAAAUAGUUAUUUUAGUCAGAUAAUAUGUAUUGUAUUAAAAAAGCUUUAAAGUGUGAGCAAUUAUUAGCACUCAUAAAGAGAAGUAAUAUUAUAUCAACUAUGAAGUUAACCCAAACAAUUAAUAAUAUGCCUCGUCCAAGAACAUUACCAUUGAUUGGUACAAAAUUGGAUUUUUUUAUUGGUGGA